UCAAAUUUCGGAAGUUCAGAUAGUGCGAGCUGCAUCAGUUCACAAGAGUUGUGGAUAUUUUGGAACAUUGCGAUAUCAGCGCGCGCAUAAUAAUAAAUACAUUACAUUUCCAGCUAUGGGAUUCUACCCUAUCGAUCAGAAAAUCUCUACAUUUGCUCAUAUAUUAUAAUCGGGAAAAGGUUGUUCAUUUGUUUUAAAGUGUGAUUUCAUAGUGACGCUUGACGUCAAGUGGACAUGAAAUCGCAUCUUAUAGGUGGCAAUUUUUGAAAUUCGGGGCGAUGGUGGCGCUUGCAGGAUGAUGAACGCAGGAGACGAGAAACAUGGCCGGUGGCGUGUGUUUUUCACAUAGUUCAGUGCUAAUCGACAUAGCCAAGUUUUAGUAUUCUACAUAAUUUUGCCGUUGCAAUAUUCUGUAUUUAGUGAAUGCACGUAGUAAAAAUUUUGAAUUGUGUUCCGGCGCAAGCCACGGAUAAGAGUCGCUACGUAGCAAUAACUUCACCUAUAUUAUGCAUUGGCCACCAACAAGAGUGUAACAAAGCAGUACAGGAAUAAUGACUGUAUUUCAGUCAUACAUAAUAAGAAUGCCAUUUUACCAACUCUUCUUUGCCGUAUGGAUAUAAAUAUCGAGUAAGCUGGAGUCGGAUAGAAACAGCAUGGCGAGUCCCUCGCCUCAGUCUUCACCUAUGCCGCCUCCGCAAGCACCUAGUCCAAUGGGUCCUCCUCAGCAGGCUUCGUCCCCAUCCAAUCCUCAAGGUAGUCCAAUGGGACCACCUCAACAUCACCCACAUAGCCCUACUCAAGGAUAUCAAAGUGGUCCACCGCCCCCAGGAGGUCCGUCCAUGUCACAGCCACCACAGCAGCAGCAGCCCCCUCCACAGCAACAAGGUUAUCCUCAUCCACAGCAAAUGCCACCAAGUAUGGGACCUCAGAGCCAAGGCGGUCCAGGUUCAGUGUCUCAACAAGGUUCAGGAGGAUCAAUGGGACCUGGUGGUCCAAGUCAGAUGGGUGGAAACAGUGCUCAGAGUGGGCCGCACAUGGGUCCAGGUGGUCCUGUGCAGAUGGGACCUGGAGGACCAGGCUCGAUGGGUUCAGUAGGCCCUAGUGGGCUAAAUCAAAUGGGUCCGGGAGGUCCAGGUAGUCAAAUGGGCCCUGUAGGGCCUUCGGGACAAAUUGGACCUGGAGGCCCAGGGCAACAGAUGGGUCCAGGUGGUCCGGCACAGCAUAUAGGUUCAGGUGGUCUAGGACCGCAAAUGGGGCCUGGUGGUCCAGGGCAGCAAAUGGGCCCUGGUGGGCCUAGUCAACAGAUGGGACCUGGUGGCCCUGGACAACAAAUGGGCCCUGGAGGGCCUGGUCAGCAAAUGGGUCCUGGUGGCCCAGGGCAGAUGGGUCCUGGAGUACCGGGACAACAAUUGGGACCAGGUGGGUCCGGACAACAGAUGGGACCUGGAGGGCCGGGCCAAAUGAGUACUGGUGGCCCAAGCCAAAUAGGUCCUGGUGGUGUGAACCAAAUGGGUCCGGGCGGGCCAAACCAGAUGGGUCCUGGUGCGCUUGGAUUGAUGGGACCAGGUGGAGCUCAAGGAGGAGCUCAUUUGGGUCCAGGAGGCCCGGGACAACUCGGAUCUGGUGGAGCACAGGGGUCAUCACAAGGUGGACCGCAUAUGAGCCAAGCACAAAUGGGUCCUGGCGGACUACAAGGUGGUUCUCAAAUGGGACCAAGUAUUCCUAGUCACAUAAGUGGUCCACCAGGGACAGCUCAUAUGAAUCCUAGUGGACCUGGAGGACACAUUGGACCAAGCGGUCCAGUUCAAAUGACCUUAAGUGCUGGACAUUCAAUGGGUCCUGGAGGUCCUGGUCAAAUGGGUCCAGGUGCUCUAAAUCAAAUGGGGCCAACAGGUCCUAGCUCAAUAUCCGGAGGUCCUGGUCCAAUAGGGCAAGGGGGUCCGGUAUCACAGAUAGGACAAAAUUCGCCUGGACCAAUGGGAUCGAGCAACCAAGGUCAGGGGCAGAUGGGACCGUCUGGACCAGGACAAAUGGGGCUAUCUGGGCCUGGACAAAUGGGGCCAUCUGGUCCGGGACAAAUGGGACCAUCAGGUCCAGGGCAAAUGGGUCCUGUUGGACCAGGUGCACCAGGUGGUCCACCCGUUUCAGGAAGCACACCGGGGCCAGGACAAGAAAAUUUAAAUGCCCUCCAAAGGGCGAUUGAUUCAAUGGAGGAAAAAGGACUUCAGGAAGAUCCUCGUUAUUCACAACUCCUUGCACUUAGAGCACGACAGGGUAAUAACAUAGGAGAGAAACAAGCAUUCAGUACUCAACAGUUACAGCAACUUCGCGUGCAGAUUAUGGCAUAUAGAUUACUGGCAAGAAAUCAACCUUUGUCACAACAAUUGGCAUUAGCUGUCCAAGGAGGAGCUCCUCCUCCAGGUAUGGGACAGCGACCGAUUGAUUCAUCCCAGGGAUCUGUCACACCGGGUCCUGGAUCACAAAUUAGUGGUCCUCCUGCUGUUGGGCCUGUCGGUACCCCAAGGCCUGGCGCACCACCACCGCAACAACAACAACCGCAGCAACCUGGAGCUAAGACUAAUCGAGUCACAAGCAUUGCAAAACCUGCUGGGCUUGACCCCUUGCUAAUAUUGCAGGAACGUGAAAAUAGGGUUGCCGCACGUAUUAGUCUUCGCAUGGAGCAGCUGAGUAGUCUUCCGACAAAUAUGCCGGAAGAUCUUCGUGUUCAAGCUCAGAUUGAGUUGCGAGCCUUGCGGGUCCUCAACUUUCAGCGUCAACUGAGAUCUGAGAUCAUUGCUUGUACUCGUAAAGACACUACUUUAGAAACGGCAGUUAAUGUAAAAGCUUAUAAAAGGACCAAACGGCAAGGCCUACGAGAAGCUAGAGCCACCGAAAAAUUGGAAAAACAGCAGAAGUUGGAGGCUGAGCGUAAGCGCAGACAGAAACAUCAGGAAUUUUUGACCUCCGUUCUGCAGCAUGGCAAGGAUUUCAAGGAAUUCCAUCGAAAUAACGUCGCUAAGUUAGCGCGUUUGAAUAAAGCUGUUCUCAAUUAUCAUGCUAAUGCCGAACGAGAACAAAAGAAAGAACAGGAGCGCAUUGAGAAAGAACGUAUGCGUCGUUUGAUGGCCGAGGAUGAAGAAGGCUACAGAAAGCUUAUUGAUCAGAAAAAAGAUAAACGUCUGGCGUUUUUGCUUUCACAAACUGAUGAAUAUAUCGGAAAUCUUACGGAAAUGGUCAAACAGCACAAAAUGGAACAAAGACGAAAACAAGUUGAAGAACAGAAGCGCAAAAAGAAAAAGAAGAAGUUGCAAGAGAGUGAAGGAGGUGAAGAUGGCACAGGUAACGGUGACAUUCGCGUUUCGGUCAUUGAAACUUCUACUGGUCGCACACUGACAGGCGAUGAUGCACCACCCCUGAGUCAACUGCCAGCAUUUUUAGAAUCUCAUCCUGGUUGGGAGGCAGUGGAUACCGACAGCGAUGAGGAUGACAGUGAAGAUGAGGAAAGCGAGGGCAAGUUUGAGAGCAAAGAUAAAUAUAAAGGAGACUCUGAGGAUGAUAAGGUGAAGAAAACGCUCCACAAAGCUAAAGUUGAAGAUGAUGAAUACAAAACUGAAGAACAAACAUACUAUAGUAUAGCUCAUACUGUUCACGAAGUUGUCACAGAGCAGGCAUCAAUCAUGGUCAAUGGCAACUUGAAAGAAUAUCAAAUUAAGGGUUUGGAAUGGUUGGUAUCUUUGUUCAAUAACAACCUGAACGGAAUUUUGGCCGAUGAGAUGGGUCUAGGUAAGACUAUUCAAACUAUUGCCUUGGUUACUCAUCUUAUGGAAAAGAAAAAAGUCAAUGGACCAUUUUUAAUCAUCGUCCCGCUCUCAACGUUGUCUAAUUGGGUACUAGAAUUUGAGAAAUGGGCACCUAGUGUCGUUGUGGUUUCAUAUAAGGGAUCUCCAGCCGGUCGUCGAACUAUUCAAUCGCAAAUGAGGGCGACCAAAUUCAAUGUUCUCUUAACUACCUACGAAUACGUUAUAAAGGACAAAGGUGUUUUAGCUAAGCUGCAAUGGAAGUACAUGAUAAUCGAUGAAGGUCAUCGAAUGAAAAAUCAUCAUUGUAAACUAACACAAGUAUUGAAUACCCAUUACCUUGCACCUCAUCGUCUCUUAUUAACUGGUACACCGUUGCAAAACAAACUCCCAGAAUUAUGGGCGCUACUUAACUUUCUAUUGCCCUCCAUUUUCAAAUCUUGUAGUACUUUUGAACAGUGGUUUAAUGCACCUUUUGCUACUACUGGCGAAAAAGUUGAGCUCAACGAAGAAGAAACCAUUUUGAUCAUUCGUCGUCUACACAAAGUAUUACGUCCAUUCCUGCUUCGCCGCCUCAAAAAAGAAGUUGAAUCCCAAUUACCGGACAAAGUUGAAUACAUCAUCAAAUGCGACAUGUCAGGCUUACAAAAGGUGCUUUACAAACAUAUGCAGAGCAAAGGUGUACUGCUAACAGAUGGUUCGGAGAAAGGCAAACAGGGCAAGGGUGGUGCUAAGGCUCUCAUGAAUACCAUCGUGCAACUAAGAAAAUUGUGCAACCAUCCUUUCAUGUUCCAAGCUAUCGAAGAAAAGUAUUGCGAGCACGUUGGAAUCCAAGGAUCUACCGUUGUGACUGGACCAGAUUUGUAUAGAGCAUCCGGUAAAUUUGAACUACUAGAUCGUAUUCUGCCAAAGUUGAAGGCCACUGAUCAUAGAGUAUUGCUUUUCUGUCAAAUGACACAAUUAAUGACCAUCAUGGAAGAUUAUUUGAGCUGGAGAGGGUUUAUGUAUCUACGUCUGGAUGGUACUACCAAGGCUGAAGAUCGAGGAGAAUUGUUGAAGAAAUUUAAUGACCCAGGUUCCGAAUAUUUUCUGUUUCUUUUAUCCACUAGGGCUGGAGGUCUUGGUCUUAACCUUCAGGCUGCAGACACCGUCAUUAUAUUUGAUUCUGACUGGAAUCCACACCAGGAUUUGCAAGCUCAAGACAGAGCUCAUCGAAUCGGGCAGAAGAACGAGGUGCGUGUACUACGUUUAAUGACCGUCAAUUCCGUUGAGGAACGCAUAUUGGCUGCUGCACGGUAUAAAUUAAACAUGGACGAGAAAGUUAUUCAAGCUGGAAUGUUUGAUCAAAAAUCAACUGGAUCUGAAAGACAACAGUUUCUUCAAAGUAUCUUGCAUCAAGAUGAUGCAGAUGAUGAGGAAGAGAAUGAAGUGCCAGAUGAUGAAACGGUAAAUCAGAUGAUAGCACGUUCGGAAGGUGAAUUUGAAAAAUUCCAGAAAUUAGAUUUGGAGCGAAGAAGAGAAGAAGCGAAGUUAGGGCCUAACAGAAAAUCUCGGCUCCUGGAAGAGGCGGAACUUCCUGAUUGGUUGGUCAAAGAUGACGAUGAGGUAGAAAGAUGGACAUAUGAGGAAGAUGAAGAGAGAUUCUUAGGUAGAGGUUCCCGACAACGUAAAGAGGUGGAUUAUACAGAUAGUAUCACGGAAAAGGAGUGGUUGAAAGCAAUAGAUGAUGAUGGCAAUGACUUCGAAGAGGAAGAGGAAGACGAUAAGAAGAAAAAAAAGACACGCAAGCGCAGAAAAAAAGGGGAAGAAGAUGAUGAACCUAUACUGAAGAAACGUAGAGGUGGCAGUUCUGGGACAUCAAUUGAUCCAAAAUUAAAACGUGGGAUGAAAAAACUGAUCGCAGUUGUUGUCAAUUACACUGAUAAUACUGAUGGGCGACUAUUGAGCGAGCCUUUCAUGAAAUUGCCUUCGAGACGUGAGCUACCUGAUUACUAUGAGAUAAUUAAGAAGCCUCUGACGAUAAACAAAUUAUUACAGAAGAUCGACGAGGGCAAGUAUACCGAAUUCGAUGAUCUUGAAAAAGAUUUCAUGCAAUUAUGCAAAAAUGCACAGAUAUAUAAUGAGGAGGCAUCACUCAUUCAUGAGGAUUCGAUAGUUUUGCAAUCUGUUUUCACAAACGCAAGACAAAGGCUGGAAGCAGAAGGAACCAAUUCAGAUGGGGAUGACAAAGGUGAUGGCGAAGAUGGUUCCGAUGGUGAUUCGAGUGUGAGAAUGAAAAUAAAAUAUAAAGGUAAGAGAAGCGGGGAGAACCGUGGGGGACGCAGAAAACGAGUGACGAAAAAAUAUAUCUCGGAUGAUGACGAAGACGGUGAUGAUAACUGAACUCUGUAAUAAAUUAUUUCCAUAAUUUCUUAAUAUUUUUAACAGUACUUCGGCAAAUAGUUCUCGUACUUGAUUACAAAUGUGUAAUUCUUGAGCUUUCGAAUUUACCAAAACAUUUUCAGUUAUCUCAAUCAAUCAAACUUCUAGAUAAUGGCCAACAAUAUUUUCACGUUUCUCAACAGACUCAUACGCUCAGCUUGUGUAUUAUAUGCUUAUCUCAUUGCUCGUAUCGAGUUACGUUGAUUUUUAAUUUGAAUUCCGAACAAACUUCGGAAAGUUUACACGUUUGCAAGUUUUCAAUAUGAGUAUAUCUUAUUUAUAAAAGUAAGUCUUUCAAUCUAAAACUGAUGCCAUUAUAACUGGCAAUACAUCUAGUUCAUAAAUUUAUACCAGGCUACAAGAUGAUGCAAAUGGCAUAGCUUUUAGUUAUAUAUCUCAUUUUUCAUUACACUGAUUAUGAGACAAUUCAGACUUGUCUAAAGACCGAGAACUCUAGUUUAAUCUGAAUAUUGGAAUCAUUCUAUCGAAAACGAGAUCAUGCGUAGAUGAACAUUACUAAUGAUUCUCCACUGCACCAUGUGUACAGUAGAAAUUAGAACUGUGAAAAGUUAAUUUCGAAUAUAUAUAUUUAAGUGCUGUAGUUGAAUGUUAUGUCCAUAAUUGCACUCGUAAAUACCCAAUGAAAUGAAACGCGAGUUCGUAUUUACUGAAUAAUUCAGGACUGAUGAUUUUAGAUAAUAUAUGUCCAUUCUCUCUAAUUUCGAUGUUGAAGCAUUUCUUUAUUUGUUAUCAACUCGUCACGUUUUUCUGAAUAUUAAAAAAGUGCCGCUAGCUAUCCUUAAUAUUUUUGAACCCGAUUAUUUCUACGUGUCGUUUCAUUUAUUUCGCUUUAGAUGUAAAUAGAUUAUUGUACGAUUAUUUAAUAUCGUAAUUAAUCAAUAAAUUGAAAUAUCAUAAUGACCUAAUGUUGGUUCGUGGUACGCUGAAGAGGAAUAAAUUAAUUGAUGAGAACAGUUGGAAAAACAUUCUAACAGUAAAUGAACUGAGCUGUUGUAUUCUUAUAAAGACAUUCAUCCGUGAUUAUUAAUAAAUCGAUCGCUAUUAGAA